GCCUCUGCUCGCGCUUGCUGAUCAGCUUUGACUUGUAAGUUCAAGUAAAUCUACGCAUCCACGCCACCGUCCCACCAUUGGAUUGGAAUAUGCCGUAGCACAUGCUCUCCGUUCCUCUUGACCUUCCCUCCUGAGAUGGGAAAUGCCUCCUCGCAACACAACUCCUCUCCCACGUGGUUGCCCAUAGUUGCCCAUAUGCCCGCAUUCUACGAUCACAUGAGUGUCGGAAGGUUCGUGCCCAUGGGACCAACGGAAAUUUACAGUUCACGCUCACCAAGCUGUUCGGAUCGUUCACUGUCCGAUGCCAAAAAAACUCAACUGCCGAUAGGGUCUCGUGAUAUGGAGACGCUGUCACGUCGGCGAGACGUGAUGUUCUUGAUAUUCUUUUCCCAUUCUCUUCUGGGACAGAACUCUGUGAAAAUGUUCCUAUGGGUCCCGAAGUAGAACGUUUGCUAGCAUAGUACAUAUAUCGUAGUAUGCGUGAAGGAUGCUGAGCAUAGUUUUCCAUUCCUCAACCUCCCCAUAGCGCAUCUUCGCGGUCAAAGGUAGGAACAGGCACCGUUAUGAUGCUUUCGUCCUCCUUGGUCACCAUCUCGCUAUGCCUCUGGCUCGCGCUCGCUGCACACGCUCGCCUUACCACUGGGAACGACAGUCUUGCUGCUCGUGCACCUUCUGGAACCAAGAACGUCAUCAUUCAGAUGUUCGAGUGGACUUGGGACAGUGUCGCAGCCGAAUGUACCAAUUUUAUCGGACCUGCUGGAUAUGGGUUUGUUCAAGUCAGCCCGCCUCAGGAACAUGUUCAGGGUUCGCAAUGGUGGACGGACUAUCAACCAGUGUCUUACACUCUGACGUCCAAACGAGGGAAUCGUUCGCAGUUUGCUAAUAUGAUUACUACAUGCCAUGCUGCUGGCGUGAAAGUCAUCGUUGAUACCAUAUUCAACCAUAUGUCUGGUGCCGAUUCUGGCACAGGCGUCGCAGGAUCCUCGUUCACGCAUUACAAUUACCCGGGGAUCUACCAAACCCAGGACUUUCAUCAUUGUGGCCUUGAGCCUGGCGAUGAUAUUGUCAAUUACGGUAAUAGAGUCGAAGUUCAGACUUGCGAGUUGGUCAACUUGGCUGAUCUGGCGACUGAUACGGAAUAUGUUCGAGGUCGAUUAGCUGCCUAUGCCAAUGACUUGCUGUCUCUUGGUGCUGAUGGCCUGCGUCUCGAUGCUGCUAAACAUAUACCUGCCACGGAUCUCUCCAACAUUGUCUCGCGUUUGUCCGGUUCUCCCUAUCUCACUCAGGAAGUCAUCUUCGGGGCUGGAGAACCUAUCAGUCCUAGUGAAUAUACUGGGAUAGGUGACGUUCAAGAGUUUAGAUAUACAUCUGCGUUGAAGGAUGCAUUCCUCGGUGGGGGCAUCUCGAGUCUUCAGAGCUUCGACAAUCGUGGCUGGGUCUCUGGGUCUCAAGCCAAUGUCUUCGUCACGAAUCAUGAUACAGAGCGUAACGGAGACUCUCUCAACAAUAAUUCUCCCUCAAACACCUACGUCACUGCUAUGAUCUUUUCACUCGCUUACCCCUACGGAACACCCACUAUCCUCUCCAGUUACAGCGGCUUCACCAAUACCGACGCAGGUGCACCUAACGGUGGUGUUGGGACGUGCUCAGGAACGGGAGGAAGUAAUGGUUGGUUAUGUCAACAUCGCUGGGUUGCGAUCUCUGGCAUGGUUGGAUUCCACAACAACGUAGGAACCGCUGCUCUAAACAAUUGGGUCUCGCCGCAAUCUCAGCAAAUCGCUUUCGGAAGAGGUAAGCGAGACUGGGUUAUGUAUUCUAUGCCUCAUCUGAUGGGGUUGUAUUCAGGUUCUCUAGGGUUCGUUGCUAUUAACAAUGCUGACUCUGCUUGGACGAGUACCUUUAGUACAUCCCUUCCGAAUGGUUCGUACUGUGACGUUAUCAGUGGGCAGAGCUCGUCUGGCACAUGUACAGGAAACUCCUUCACCGUCUCCAGUGGUACUUUCUCCACCACCGUGCCCGCACGGAGCGCGAUAGCCAUUCAUACGGGUGCUACUGGGAAUGGCUCUAACAAUGGUGGAAAUGGAACUGGAAGCGUCACAGUUAAUUUUGCCGUCACUGCUACGACUACGUUCGGAGAGAAUAUUUUCCUCGUGGGUAGUCUCUCGCAGUUGGGCUCUUGGAACCCAUCUUCCGCUAUUGCGCUAUCGUCUGCGAACUAUCCUACUUGGACGGCCUCUGUCAGCUUACCCCCUAGUACAAGCUUUGAAUACAAGUUCAUUCGCAAAGAGGUUGAUGGAAGUAUCGUUUGGGAAUCUGACCCUAACUUACAAGAUACCACUCCCGCUUCCGGUUCGCAGACUGUCAGCACGUCAUGGAGAUAGCGUAGGACUUUCGUAAAGUCCAGCCAUAGUUUGCGUGAUUGUAGAGGAAAAGAAUUAUGUACACUGUUUGAGUGUCGAUUAUGAUAUAGCUCCCGAAUCCACUUUUAAAAUGAUUCGCAAACUUGAUAUCCUUACUGAGGUAG